AUGAUCAACUCUAUAACACCAGCCAAAGAUUCAGAAGAUUACUUGAUUUGGUGUGGAAGUGCCAACGGAUUUUUCACGGUUCGCGGUUUGUGCAUUUGGGUUGAUGAGAAUGUGCAGGCGGAGGAUUCAGUCAUAAUACCAGAAAAGAUUAAGAAAAUUCUGCCUCCAAAGCAAAAAAAGGCUAAAGCGAAUUCAGACAAAUCUGAUCUUGAGAGAUAUUUGGAUGACGAGAUAGUGGAUUCUGAUGAUAAUUCUGAUUUCAACAUCUUGGAUUGGUGGAAGAGCAAUUCUUCUAAAUAUAGGAUACUUUCUAUCAUAGCUCGUGAUGUAUUGGCUAUUCCGGUUUCUACUGUGGCAUCUGAAUCUUGCUUUAGCACUAGUGGGCGUGUGCUAGAUGUCUUUCGAAGUUCUUUGUCUCCCAAAAUGACUGAAGCUCUUAUUUGUGCUCAAAAUUGGAUAAAUCCGGCUGGUUGUAAGUUUGAUGAAGAGAUUGAUCAAUUUGAUAGCACUGAGAAGAUUGUUGAUGAUGUUUCUUCUAAGAUUCAUGAAUCGCAAGGAGGGAAUGACACGCAAGAGGCUAUGCAUGUUGAUUGAACUGGACAGCAACUAUGAAGUGGAGAUUAGCCGUAGUCUUUUUGUAUAGGCUGACUUUGUUGGGUGAAUAGAGAAGUCUUAUAUAGCUCUGCAUGUCUUUUUGUAUAUGUAUGCAGAUUAUUAAGUAGUUUAGAACGCAAGAGGCUAUGCAUGUUGACUUAAUUGGACAGUCGUAGUCUUUUUGUAUAGGCUGACUCUGUUGGAUGAAUAGAAGAGUCUUAUAUAGCUCUGCAUGUCUUUUUGUAUACAGAUGCAGAUUAUUAAGUAGAUCAGAUAGAGUUAUUAUGUAGAUCAGAAAGAGUUGGGAUGCAUGUCCUUAAAUUUAUGGUGUUGCAAUUUGAUUUAAAGACACUUUUUGUAAUUAUGGAAAUUAGACUUAUUGAUGCAGAUAUUUCUCCCAACUAAAUAUUAAAG